GUUGAAACAAAUUCAUGUACAUAGUCAUUUAUAUCAGAGGAGACUGUGUAAAUAUAUACUUUGCACUCUAUAAAUAAUGUUCUAGGGCUUCUUAGGGAUUUGCCACGUUUCACUUUGUUUACAUUUACAGCCAGUGAUCCAGUCUAAUAGAAUUUUUAAGUCCCAGUAUUUAUGAUAAUUUACAUCAAUGUGUAGAAUAAACCAGACACAGAUUAGAAACUAAUUCAUUUUCAUCAACUGAUUAUCCUUGCGAUGGUGGACCUCAUUGGCUUUGUAUUAUUUCUAAUAUCUCCAGCCUGCAGUCUAUUAAUGUUACCUUGAAUUUGAUUGUGGGUUGUGGUUCGUCUGUAUCUCAGGGCAGAGCAUUUGUUCAAAUAUAUGCUUUUGUUGAGACCAAGUCGAGCAAAAGCAGGAUGUUGGUCACAUGACUCGAAUCUGUCGUUUCUGUACUGCCUUCAUGGGGACAACACCACUGAAAGAAGCAACAGUCUACCAGUGUCCUUGAACCAUUUUGAUAAUGGGCCUUAAAGCAUGACAGCUAUUUUCAAAUCCUUCUUGAACUGAUACAUAACUAUCAUGUACGAGGGUGUGAGUGUUGUGUACUGUGCAUUUGCGGGUACAUGUUGCUAAAAUAUCGACUGAUUAUUUGCAUGAUUGCUCACAGGUGUUGUUCUAGCCCGUCACAUCUCAUGACCAAGGCUCAAUAGAAUCUAUUAUCAUUUGCUACGUCAUUGGACUAUUAAAAUAUUGACUGUAUUGAUGUACAUGUACUAGUUAUCGCCACCACUACCAGCAUCAUGCAUUCCGCAGUAUGUGAAUCGUUUGGCGUUGAGCCUGUGCUACCUGUGGCUUCUCUCCUGGAGCACUCUGUCCAAGAUGGAUCCUCCGCCAAAAGCAAGCUGUGAUAUAGCCGUCCAAACAACCACACCAAGUUUUAAUUCCCGCUCCCCAAUCUUGGACCACAGACUUUACAACUUUGACGACGGUGACUCUGAGUGGAGCUUCCUUGACAUGGAGCCUACUCAACCAACUGAUCAAAACAGAACUGCAAGACCAAAGGCAACAAGGAAGCCAGAGGAUGGGUCAAGACAGAUUGUUUCAUCUCCUGAGGAAGAUGGAUACUGUUCACAGGAAGAAGGUAAUGAGUUGGAGACGGACAAUCAAAGUUACAAGUCACCACUCAAGGAUGCCCCAAGCUAUUCAACUUAUCUAGCCUUAGUUCCAGACCUAGAUGGUCCAGAUUCUGGACCUGAGUCAUCCACCCAUGAUGAGGACAUGACAUCAUCUGCCACAAGCACUACUGCAACAACUCCUGCUAUAACAGUUUCUGAAGAUCAGUCAGGAGGAAGAGGUGACUCCACCCCUUUGUUUGAGCAGUCACCAGCAAGUACACCCAGUGAACUAGCCAGUCCUACAAAUGAGAACCUCUCAAUUGAUGAUGCUGAGAGGGAAAGACUUAAAACAGAACUAGCAGAGGUUGAAUUGGAUAUUGAAGCACUGAGACAGACACUAAGAGCCAAAGAGUUGAAAGCAAAGGAGAUCAGAAGAAAAUUAGGAAUCACCCCUGUAGCAGUACUCAAGGGUGACGUCAAGGCUGGAUGGUCAAAUUUCAAACAAUCUAGCGCCUUUGUGAAUACAUCCAACAAGAUGUCGGAGUGGAAUGAAUCCAUCACAUCAUCAGAGGCGUAUAUUUGGACGAGUACCAAAGUAAAAACUUGGAAUGAAUCUGUAACACAGUCUGAAUUAUAUAACAAGACCAAGACAGGGUUUCAGAGUGCAGGUCAGAAGACAGGAGCAGCCUUCAGUAGCUUUGGUUCAGCUGUCUCAAAGAAACUUGGUGAGGUCAGAGAAUCUACAGCAUUCAAAUCAUUUGAGGAGAAAGUAUCAACAACGGCAUCAACACUAAAGCAGACCAAAGUUUCAGGACAGAAACCAGAGGAGGAGUCAAGUUUUGAGGAUGUUCUUCAGAGCACUGCAAACCAGAGGACACCAGACCCCCAGCCAAAUCCUCCUCUCCCUGAAGAAAAGGUCCCAAUGUAAAUGCACCUUCAUACCAUCAUCUGGCAAGCCACAGGGCAUGUGUACAGAGAAGACAUAACAAGCACUAGGACUGUUCACACUAGGUUCACAAUUAACAAGAUUGGAAAAUCUUCCUCGCUCCAUGGGACAUCCUCAAUCAAACUGGUCUCGUGCAAUUGCUUCAUUGCUACAAUGUAUGUGGUAGACAUUAGGAGUUUUUUUUUACACUAAACCUGUUUAUAACAGUGUUAUACACCAAACCUACAGCAUAUCAGCAUUUACCCUUCUCGCCACACAGAACUUGGUUAAUACUUGUUAUGUAAGACCCCUAGCGCAUGCAGUUGCCAUAGAUUUGACACAUUUACAUACAGAGAGUCUGUACAGAUUCUGUAAUAGAUAAUAGCUUUGUAUAGGUAAAUUGUACAUGUAUCUCAUACUAAUAACCAAGGUGUUAUAAAUAACAACCUGCCCAUGGUGGAGUGACAAUAACAAAUAUAAUGUAGCGAUGCCGUAUCUGUUAACCCAUAACCAUCUGCAACAGUUUUAUAUUAAAAAAAAAAAAAGAAAUGAUAAAAUCAUUGGGAAAUGGAAAUAAGGAUAGUCUAUUGAAAUUGGUAAUUAUGACACAGUGUACUGCUUGAAACUAACAAAUAAUCACACUGAACCUAUACCACAAAUUAUUGUAUCAUUGGAAUCUAUUGGAAAAGGAGACAUCAUCUCCAUCUUAACCCAUCUUCUAUUUCUUCAUUACACAGUUGCAAGUUUGUUGUCCAAAUUGAAAAGAUUCAAAGAAAACUUUGCACAAUGACAGGGUUGAUAAAUAAAUAGGUAAUGCUCUACCACAUCAAUGCAUGUGCAGUGAACACUUGUUAGAGGAAAAGUUUAAUAGGGUUGCUUUUUUGCCAAAUUACAUUUUGUAGUUUAUAAAAUGCUGAAAAUUAGCAUGUAUUGAUCAUGCAAACGACAAGAUUUUCCAUUGCUCAGUAAUAGAUUAUCUUUUGUCUGUAAUAGUCACUUUACAUUUGUAUGAUACAUUCCUUUUAUUACUGCGGAGGUGUUAUUUUCCUUAAGUGAACUACUUGCAUUUGAAAUUUAAGCACAUUUUGCAAUCCAUUCUUGAAAUAGUGUAACAGCCUCAUUUCUAGAACAAACCAUACUAUUAAAAUGAAACAACUUGAAUGUACUUUUGUAUUUUAUUUAAGAUGCUAAAACAUCUUGCGCGUAAUUAAACACUGUAUUUUUCUUCUUUAUAACCUUAAAUAUGUUAACACUUUAGUCUUCAAAGAUUUGUAUAUAUUUGGUAGCCAAAUAUUGAAUGCCUGGCUGGAAAUUAACACAUACCUUAAAUACAUUUAUAUGUUAAUGAUUUGGUACACUACUAUUUCAUUGAGUUUGCUUUUUGAACUUCAUCAAUAGGCCUGUUAAAGUGAUUGAAAGUUAUGGAUGUUUCUUUCCUCGGAUCCUUGUGAAAAGGUAUCCUUUAACUUGUAGGUUUUCAUAAGAAACAAAUUAUAGAAUACAUUUUGCAUACAUUACUUGUUGCUAUAUUUAGCAAGCUUUCAGGUUAUAUGGAAUAAUCUGUUUUGAAAAAAAUAUAUAUGUAUCGUUAAACAGGUCUAUUGUCAAACUGAGCAUUUUUUCAUAUACUGCAUCUACAAAAUAUUGUUGAAAUUAAGUCAGACACUUUAUACAGGCCAACAUGAUCAUUACUUUUAUUUUAUUAUAAAGUAUUUUGUCUAUAAUAUUUACAUUUCCUCUCGUUAGUCUUGAGAGUGAGUACAAUCUAGCAGCUACUGCUUGAAGAUGACUAUUACUUUUCCACUUCCCUUGUACGACACAAUUAUUGCAUUUACAAAGCUUGGCUUCUCUCAUCUCUGUGCUUUAAUUAUUAUACAUGUAUUUAUCUUAUUUUUCAAACUCACUUUGAUGUCUUAAUGUUGUCACACUUAAUAUUGUACAUAUUAGCAGUUAUAUGAGACAUUGAAAAUGUCACGGCUAUCAUUUGAUUAUGUUAUUCUUGAUUGAAGAAAAGAUUAGUCAUAUAUCUGUAUGGAUUGAUAGUAUUUGUUUGGUCACGAUAUAGUAUGAAUCAAAAGGAGUGUUUCUUUGAGAAUAGUUUAUAGACAACUUGAUUGUUUUCUUCAUGCUAUUUUUGUCUGAUCAACACUUGAGUGUGACUAAAAUCCCUUGUGAUUUUCUGUUUGUAUCAUGAAACAAAAUGAGAAAUGGCAGUUCUGACAUCUUCAUAGAGCUCAGAGUGGGUGAAAUGAAAUACACAAAGAUCUUGAGAAAACAGGACACUAAAAUAGAAUCCAAAAUACAAAGGUGACAUUUUAAUUUUUCCAUAUUUUUGUGAAACAUAAUUGUGAAUUUACAAGGCUGUAUCCAGUUUAGCCCAUGUCACCUUGUCUAUUGAAUUAACAUACAUGCCAUUUCAAGUGCUGAUAUUCAAGUAUUUGUGUGUAAAAGAAACACUCUCACUUGUACCAAAGUAGUUACAUGGAUGAUGGUUUUUAUCAUUUUGUAAAGUCAAUAAUUAUUUUUACUCAUUCAUGGAUCAGGAAUGGAAACAUUUGAUAUUUGACCUUAUGAAUACACAUACAAAUGAAAUAGAAAGCUAAUGAAAUAAUCGGUCACCAAAUUACAGACAUCCUACAUUGUACCACAAUGAAAGCCUAAAAUUUGAAUAUUUUUUAAAACUGAAUUUAUAGAAUUAUCAGUUACAUCUGGCUUUUUUUUUCAAAUGAUUAAGUAAUUUCAGGGUCGGAUUUACCUUUUAAAGAUGUGUAUGUUGUUUAUGUAUUUCGUUGGAAAUUCGUCUGAUAUGUUUUAAACAUUGUAAAGCUUAACUCUAGUUAGUAGCAAGUUGGUGGGAUCAAUAAAAUGUUAGAUAAUAUUACAGAAAAGUACUGAAUAGGCACAGUAAUAGGCUAGAGAGGACUUCCUUAAGAACUUACAUUGUAUGGAGUAUUUCACUUUAAAUUCAGUUUGUUUUAAAUAUAUGGUUCCAUGAGAUUUGCUCUGACAAUUGCUCCGCUAUAAAUUCCACACUCAAAUGGAAUGACCAACUUCAACACUAUACCCUAUCCUUAUCCUAAACCUAACAUAAAACCCUAUUGCAACCCUAACCAUACAUCUCAGACGAAAUAAAGCCCGGAGCAAAUGUCAUCUCACCGAUUUAUAUAUUUCACAACAAAUGAAUACCUUCCGGUGAUGAUAAAUUUAAUUAAUUCAUUUGUAAUUUGACUUCAUACUAUCAAUUGAUUAUGAUGAUUUUUCGGUCUUGAUUUAUAUGUCUAACCAAUAAUUCAAACUCCUGGAUCAUAUAGUAAUGUAUUGUUUGUUUGUUUUUUAGAUGUUUCCUUGUAGUAUUGUUAAAUAUUCCAAAUGUAUUGCAACUGCCGUAGUUGGGAGACUGUUGUACAUGUAUGUUUGUGUAUUGCAAUCCAUAAAACAUAUUGUUCUAGUACUUGUAAAGGCAUGAAAAAUAAUGCUUUAAGAAUACUGUAGGUUUACUUCUGUAAGAGGUAAUAUUCUGAUAAUUUUAUCUAGAUUUAUUGCAUGCUGGACAGAAUGUCAUAGUCAAUUGUAAAUGUAAGUUGUCAAAAAAUAUAUAUAUUCCUUUACUUUGAUUUAAGUACUUCACACUUGUAUCUAAGAUUUAUUUUAAACAAAUUAUAUUUUAUCAUUGAAGAAAAUUCAAAUUAGUUAUAGAUAAUGGGGAUUUGGUGCAUUAAUAACUGAAUUCAAAAGUAGUCAUAUUUAGUCACCAAAAUGUGAUAGGCAUGUAGCUACAUGGAAAUCAUCAACACAUCUCUUCCAUAGAACUUUAUAGGUCUUAUAGUCACUUUUUACAGAAUUCAGCUUUCAUUCGAUUGCAUUUCAUCCAAGAUGAGACCAUAAAUUUCAAUAUUUUCAUGACCAGUUUGGUUAAUGAAAUACUCUCGACUUAUCUUAAUUGAACUAAAAAGCUCAGUAAGUUCGAAUGAAAAUUUUUCUUCAUCUCAAUAGAUAUUUCUGCCUUGAUCCAUUCCAGUCGAUAUUUUGUUCAUUAUUUGAUUUUUCACUUGUUUAGUGAAAUAUGUAUCAGUUUAUAUUAAAAUGCAGGUCAUUAUCAAUUUCUUCUUUGCUCUAACUGGAUGUGUCCAAGAAAUAACAAGAAUAAUAAAGAACAAGAUAUUAAA